CACACGAAACAACAUUUCGCGCCACAGCGAAAGCUAAAGCCGUGAGCCAUGCUGAGGCAAAGGGAGACCAGACGACCAUGUGCUGUUGUUUCGACAGAAGCGUAGGCUAGUAACGGGUCGUAGUCGCUUGCAGCUAUUCCCGCAGUAGCCUACUGACUUGUUUCCAUUUGUUUUGGUCGUCGGGAGCUGCUCAUAAGGGUCUCAGCCUGCCCCUUCCCCAAGACUCUCGUCUCUUUAGGACUAACUUGCACAAAGCCGCACCGUUUCCUAGCGUUUCGUUUCGUAAAUCUCACGAUAAUAAGUUCCUUCAGAUAUUACUUUGCCCCAUAUUUAUUUACUAAUAGCUGCAGUCUGUUGAUCACCCACGCCGCUACCCAGUUAUCCGCCAUGCUAGUACCCCGCAGCAUACACCGCCCGUCACAAUGGCGCGCUCUAACGAGGCUCCCCGCUUCCUUCUCCUCCUGGAGCAUAGCCAUCGUGGCGCUCUUGCUGUCCGCCACGUGUGCAUGGACUGCCGAUAUUCACUCGCUUUCCCCGCGCUCGCUUUCCGCUCGCUCACUUUCCGCCCACUCCCGUUCCGCGCGCGCGCUAGCGACGGUGGAGGUGGAGUCGACCGCGGGGCCCGGCUGUGUUAACGCGUUCCCCGCGAAGCCGCUGUGCAAAUUCGUCGACAGCCUCGCGUCGCGCCCCAUCCCCGUGCUCGACGGCGGCAGCGGCAAGACGCUUUCCAUCGGCGUGUACCAGACUUACCAGAGGUUCCAUCGCGAUCUGCCCGCCACGAAGAUCUACGCGUACGGCACGAGCCAGAAGACCGCGUCGUACCCUGGGCCAACGAUUGUGGCGAAAAAGGGGGUUACCACACGGGUUACAUGGUGCAACAGGCUGCAGGACCGGCAGCACAUGUUCACCCAGGACUACACUCUCAUGGCGCAGAUGCCCAAGCCGAAAAAAGGCGGCAUCCCCACUGUGCCCCACCGCCACGGAGGUGAGACUGCAAGCGCGUACGACGGCCACCCGCUCGCGUGGGUCACUCAGUUCGGCGAGCACGGCCCCACCUUCUCCUCCUCGUCUUCCCACUCCCAUAACUCCUCUCGCUCCUCCUCCUCCUCCUCCUCCUCCUCCUCCUCCUCCUCCUCCUCCUCCUCCUCCUCCUCCUCCUCCUCCUCCUCCUCCUCCUCCUCCUCCUCCUCCUCUUCCACCGCCACUUCAUCCUCCUCGUGCACCGCAUAUGUGUACCCCAACUUCCAGCCAGCAUCGCUCACGUGGUACCACGACCACACGCUCGGCUGGACGCGCCUCAACAUUGUAGCGGGGAUGGCGGGGCUCUAUAUCACGACAGACAGCAACGGGGAUGAGAGGGGCAUGAAGGGCUGGCUGCCCCCCUGGAAGCGCACCGUGCCUCUGGCGAUCGCAGACCGGCUGUUCUUUAAGAACGGGUCGAUUAACUACCCGAACGUGGGGGUUGAUCCUAAAGUGCAUCCCAACUGGAUUCCGGAGUAUGUGGGCGACACCAUCGUCGUCAAUGGCGUGGUCUGGCCGUACCUCAGAGUCCGCCCAGCCGUCUACCGCUUCCUCCUGCUCGGCGCGUCCAACGCCCGCUUCUUCAACCUGCGCUUCCAGUGCGCCAGCCGGGAGGACUACCCCAACUUCGUGACCCCCCUGCACGGCCGCAUGGUCAACUUCGCCCUCAUAGGCAGCGACGGGGGGUACCUGCAGCGCCCAGUCUUCCUCUCCUCUCUGCUGCUCGCCCCUGGGGAGCGAUACGAUAUUCUGGUGGAUUUUGCUGCAGCGCGCCAGGGCGGUGCGUGCCGGGAUGUGAUUGUAACGAAUGAUGCUGCUGCGCCAUUUCCAGGCGGCGAGGCGGUGGAUAAGAACACAGGAGUGGUGAUGCGGUUCGUCAUCCUCAACCGGACUCCCUUCACGGCUCCAGCAAUCCCCAAGAGGAUAGUUCCUGUCCCCUCUAUAGACUUCUCCAAGAUACACAGAGUGCGCUGGAAAAAGCUAGUGGAGGAAGUGGACCCUAAGAGCGGCAUGCCAGUGCGGGCCACCCUAGACGGGCUCCGCUACAUGGACCCACCCACCGAGAUCCCCAUCCAGGGCUCCAAUGAGCUCUGGCACAUCAUCAACCUCUCGGCCGACGCGCACCCCAUUCACCUGCACCUGGUGCAAUUCCGGGUCGUUUCGCGUCGCGCUUUCGAUGUCGAGUCGUACCAGGACAACGAGUGCUCGUUCACCAGUCGGAGCAAGCCCUCGUGCUACACUGCGCCGGAGGUUAAAGCCUUCAAGAACGAGAUCGGGUGGAAGGACACGGUGCCGGCAUUCCCAGGAGAAGUGCUCACAUUCUGGGUUGGCUGGUACGGACAGGACGGCAAGCCCUUCGAGUUUGACCCUACCUCUGGCCCUGGCUAUGCGUGGCACUGCCACAUACUGGAUCACGAGGAUAACGACAUGAUGCGCCCGCUUCAACUGCGCAAAAAAUAGCCUCUACUACCACUAAUGACAAUAACGAGUGGGAACCAUGGCGUUCUUACACUAUCAGUGCGAAGCCCCUGAUCUACACUUUCUAACCGGACAGUAAUGUAAUUAGCCAUAGCAAUGUGGUUGUAAUCUAAUAUUAUACGAUUGUUAUAAUGGGCCCCAG